AUGGGGAGGCAGCGGACAGAUCCCAGUUAUCCCAGUUCCGAUGCCACGCCGUCCGCCGCCUCGGCGCGAGGGAGGAAGCGGCUCCGGAUGGAGAUCGGCCGGUCCCUCCACCCCCACUCUCGGCCGGCCUCCGCAGCUCGCUCCGCGCGCCCGCCCGCCGCUUCCUCCCGCUCCGCGUCCCCCGGCGGCUCUCCGCGGCUCUCCGCCGUUCCCGCCCCCGGCCGGUUCAAAAGGCCGCGCGGAGUGGCGCCGGGCCCUCCCCCGGCCGCCCGUCCGACUGGUAAGGUGAGCACGCGGAGGAGGGCACCUGGGGAGGGCGAGGCCCGCACGCACACCGCAGUCCCCUCGGCCACGGGAGCCACGCGAGCCCACAGCCUCCCGUCGCGGCCGCUCGGAGCCGGCUGCCCGGACGGACGGACGGACGGACGGCCGCGCGCGCGCCGCGGGCUGCCCCGGGAGCCGGGUGCCGAUCUGCCUCUCCCUGGUGCCCAUCCAUUUGCUGCAAUGACUAGUCUGCUAAGCACGCCUUCUCCAAGAGAAGAGCUGAUGACCACCCCGUUUCUACAGGCCACUGAAGCCCUGUCCCCAGAAGCCGAGGCAAGCACAGCCCUCAUUGCAGUUGUCAUCACCGUGGUCUUCCUCACCCUGCUCUCGGUUGUGGUCUUGAUCUUCUUUUACCUGUACAAGAACAAAGGCAGCUACGUCACCUACGAACCUGCAGAAGGCGAGCCCAGCACCAUCCUCCAAAUGGAGAGUGAUUCAGCCAAGGGCAGGGACAAGGAGGAAUAUUUCAUCUAAUGAUUCCCGGGCCCCCAAGGAGCUUAUCUAGGCUCCAGAGCUAACACACUCUUUAAUUUAUUAGGUGAAAGUUUUAUCUGAAACCAGUGAGAAGCAUUGAUUGUUAUGGGCAAACCUGAGCUCCUUCUAGGACACAAGCCCAAAUGCCAACAUCACUGAUGCCAGGGACACAGAGAAAGCCGUUGUUGAUGUCUUUAGCCAGGCCUUUGUAUUAUAGCUAGUAUCAGUGGCUGCCCAGCAAGGUCGAGCGACGCCAGGCCACAUGAGUAUGUGCCUGGUCAUCUUCACUUUUUUCAAGGUCAAAGGGCAGGAGCAUUAGGGUCUCUGGCUGCUCCUCUGUCCCCUACCUGGUCUACUAGUGACAGCUUGAACAAAGAUAGUGUCGGUAGAAGUUCUUCCCAGGUGCUAGAUACCAUGGUAACAGGCUGAGCAGGAAGGGACAGGAGACUGGGGAGACCUCACCCCAUGAUGAACGUGCUCCAUCUCCUAAUCUGAGCCUGGCCUUUCUGUCUUCCCGAAUAACCUUGUACUGAUGCUAUUUUUAUCACAAUUAAAAAUGUUCAUUGAUACAGAAA